UUUAUCACUAACUGUAAAUAAAACUCAAUACCACCUUUGCACAAUAAUAACAGCUAAUAUUUAUUGAGCACUUAUGUACCUGCCAUUUUAUUACUUUAACUCAUUUAAUGCUUAUAAGAACAUUAUGAACUAGAAAUUGUUAUUCUCAGAUCGUAAACGAGGAAACCAAGACUCUGGAGGUUAAGCCACUUGACCACGAUUUUAACGAAUAGACAGUAUAUCGUUUCUUGAUCUUGGGGCCUGAGAAAGACCUAUGAGGAAUCUGGUCCAUCCUCUUAUUUUACAAUGAGGAAACAGACCCAGCAGAGGGAAGCAGCCUCUUACUCAAGAUCACAGCCUUUUCCCAGGGAAGGUCACAUAAGUCUUGCCCUAAGGUGGGCUAUGUAAUAAGAGCAGGAGGAGAUAAGCUAAUGGGUCUUGAUUUUGUUCUGUCUUCCAAGGACCGGGAAGAUACUCUGAAAUUCUCUGUAACAGAAGGAUGGAGCUGCAGCUGGUGUCUUGGCCUUGGGAAAGCCUCCAGAGCAAGCCGUGUUUAGUCAGAAACUGUGGCCAUGGGUUUCCAGCCCUCUGCAGGCCCAGCUCUCAGCAUGUGGAGCUGAAGACAAACUGAGCUGGUCUGAAUUUUGGGGUCACCACCUACUGGCUCCGUGACCUUGAGAAACUUACACAACCUCUCUAAAUUUCAGAUUCUCAUCUGUAGAGCUGAAACUUUAUGAGGGCUGUCAUGAGGGCUAGACAGCAAAUAUGAGAUAAAUGGUAAAUAUUAAUAAGAGAAAAGCAAAUACCUUCAGAGAUCCCUUAUAAUUCCAAUUCCAAUUUAUCUGUCUUACUGCUUCUCAAAAGUCAGCAAUGAUGCUGGGAAUUUCUUCCAAGUACCCCUCCAUAGCUUCAACAGACAAUUGGCAAAGAAGGUUUGAAGACCUGAUGUGGUUUUUAAUCAAGGACCUGAAGCAAGGACUACUACACCUAUAGGAUUAAAAAUCUUUUCACUUGCAAAAACCUAUUAGGUGUGUUUGGAGGUCGUAAUGCUAUAAUUACCGCAUUUAACAGUUUAUAGAGCACGAGCCAAGCAUAUUCCUUGCCUGUUUAAUAAUGUCUAGGUGUCAGCCUUUCAGUGGUAUCAGCACUGAAAAUAUAAGGGAAAUGACUUUUAAAAGAGUAGUUCUCAAACUUUAGUGUACUCAGAAUCAUCAGGGAACCUGGUGACAUAGGUAGAUUUCUGGAUCCAGAUCUCAGGCAGCCAGGCCAGGUAGUCUGCAUUCUUAUCAGCACCUCCAGGCUUGUUCUGAAGCUUUUGGUCCCCAGAACAUACACUGAGAAAGGCUGUUCUAAGGGCUCACUGUCCAGCUACUCUUUCCUGAUGCUCUCCAGGGAAUGCCCAACAAAUGAACGCCCUUUAUGCAGCAGUAGCAGCAGAGCAGCCAUAGUUGCUCUUGAAUGAUGAUGGAUUUCUCCUCCUAAUCUAUAUGUUUUAAGGGUCCAGUUUCAUUUGAUCCAUCCAUAUUAUGUUCUACAAAAACAUCAAGAUUCCCAGGUAAACUUGAGAUGGUGAAAAGACUGGAUUGAUUGCCCUCGCCACCUCUCAUCUCUAGGCUGGGAUCGAUUUAGCUCUUUAACCAACAAGUGAUUUGUUCUUUGGCAUGAGAGAAAGGAAAACAACAACGAAAACAAACAAACAAACAAAAAACAAAAAGAGGAGUAAAGGGAGUUGAUAAUGAUAGUUUGCACCCAUCUAAAAUGUGGGCUAGAAAUAAAGCUGUCCCAGGAGAGCUGAAGCUGAGUUCUCUCAACACACAGCUAAAGAUUCAUAUCAGGGUCUCAACCAGGUAUGUCAGGUGGCUUAAUUAGAAACUCCUAGACUAUGAGUUUCACAGACACAUGGGUGGCCCAAUGGCCACUUUAGUAUCUGGGCUUCAGCAAAAUGAGAUAAUAGCUAUCAUCCAAAAACAUUUGGGUUUUAAAAAAGAAAAAAAACCUAUUAUCUGGUGCUACAAAAUGAAAUAAAGCCCUGCUUUUAAGCACAGCAUAUCACUGUUGCUUUCGAGUUUAAAUAUUAAGGAACACAUUUUGUUAAUGAUUAAAACAGUAGUGAUUGAUUUAGGGGGCUUGGUAAACAUUUAAUCUGUCCUUAUUCCUUACAGAAGGAGCACACGGCUUAGGGCCCUAGGAUGGACAUUAGGUAACGAUUGAAUGGAGUUUUAAUUUUGUGUUAUUAUUAAUAGUUAAUGUAAUUUUGAUUAUGUUGGAAGCUGGAGGUAUAUUGUCAGUCAUCCUUUCAGGGUGGUGGUACUGCCCUGUCCUGCUUAAUCAGAGGUUCUUAGAGGAGGUGGGCUCAGAAGUGAUUUAAAUGAAAGAAGGUUGAUGUUUAAUAUAAUAAACUUUCAAUUAAACAUUUAAAUCAUUUUCAAAUUGAAAAGGGUCAUGGAAAUUAUCUGGCCUAAUUCUUUCAUUAUGCAGAUGAGAAAACUGAGACCCUAGAGAAUUAAAGGACUUGCCCAAAGCCAUUCAGCUUGUCUCCCUUGUUUGAUGUAUUAUUAGGCUAAAAGACUUCACAGGCCUAACUUGGAAAAGAUGGCAGGAGACCUUGGCUCUGCUCUCACAGUUGUUUCUCUGAUCUCAAGCACUUCCCACCCUUUGUAACCUGUGUUCCACACAGGAAGUAAUUCCUGUUUUAUAAAUAUUGGAGGUGUGUGAAGGUAGUUUUUACAGAAGAGCUACCUUGGACCAGUAUCUUUUUAAGUAAAGACUUAAAUGCCCUGCUUGAGACAGUGAAGUGUAAUAUCUAUCCCAGGGAAAGAAAUCCAGCACAGAAAAUGCUCCAUCCUUUGGUAUUCCCCCAGCUACCUGGAGCUCAGGGCAGUGACCCUCAGCCCUGCCCUGCAGCUGAAGUAGCUCAGGACUCGAGAGCAGAGGCUGUGACUUACUUCAGGGCUCUGGGCAAGUCCCUUUAACGUGGCUGUCCUUCCCCUUCGGUGUUUGUAAAACACAGAGAUGAUGCUGAUAUCUUCGUCGCUCCAUCUGUUUGGGAAGGUUUAUAAAGCCACACAUUCCCCCUCCCUGCUAAUAUGAUUACUAGCACUUUCUUGUAGGAAAGGCCCAACUCCUCAUCUUCUUUCUUCCUUUAAAAACAGACCAAAGGGUAUAUUGUCUUGUGUCCUUGUGGCCAAAAAGGUUGUUGCUUCUGUGGUUGUUACCUUCUUAGAAUGUCAGUUUGCUGAUGUUAAGGAUUCCUAGGUGCACCACAAAUCAACAACAUCAAAAAUCAACAACAACAAUAACAAAAAUAACUGCCUUGUUGGUUCUUGGAAGUUAUGAGUUACAAACAGACUUUUCCAAUUAUAAAAACGUUGCCCCAGCCUGUCUCCAAGCCUCCUCUGUCCUCAAAAGGGUGAGGUCUGGAGGGGCAGGGGGAAGUAGACUGUUCGUUAGGGCUGACUUUCUGAGGGUCACCAAGGCUUUCCACAAGAAGCAUUUUAAAAAAUGCUUUGGAAGGAAAGUCAUCUCUCAAUAGCCAAAGAGGUACCUGGUACCUCUUUUAAGCACACAGCUCUGAGCACAGCCUGUUUCUCAACGUUUGGAAAUCCUUUAACAGUUUAUGGAAGGCCUCCCUUUAAACCCAUCCAACAGCUCCCUUCUCCAUAACCUGAUUUUAGAGGUGUUUCAUUAUCUCUAAUUACUCGGGUGAAUGGUGAUUACUCAGUGUUUUAAUCAUCGGUUUGGGCAGUAGCUACUCUAAACUCAGAGAAGCCCAGACUACCCUGGGUAUUUUUGGAAGGUACUGGGACUAGUCGAUGCAUGCAUUCUAGUACCUCUGCACGUGGUCACCAGGUGAGCCCCGAACGCUUCCCGGAGCUGGAGGCAGCGGCGUCCCAGCCUGGGCAGCAGCUGCUGACUCGGGCGCUGCCCGGGUUUCCGGGACCAGGGCCGGCGAGGCGAGGCCCGGCGGCGGGAUGGGAGGAUGUGGGCGGGGCUCCCAUCCCAGAAAGGGAGGCGAGCGAGGGAGGAGGGAAGAAGGGAGGGGCUGCCGGAGAAGAGGAGGAGGAAGGAAAGAAAGAAAGAGAGAGUGAGAGAGGGAAAGAGGAGGAAGAAGAUGCGGGAGGGCAGAGGAGGAGGGAGGGAGGGAGGAAAGGAGAGCGCAGCUCGGCCCGGAAACUAGGUGAGUUUGGCAUCAGAGCCGAGGGACAGGAGCCUGCGACGCCGCUGCAGAUCAGGGCUGAGUAUCUCGCCUCUCUCCCUGAUGGGAUUCCCGUCCACGCCGUCUCGAGCCUGCUGCGUCCCAGUCCUCAGCCCUCGCCCAGGUUCACUGCAGCUGUUCAGAGGUCCCCAGGAGCUGCUGCUGGCGAGCCUGCUACUGCAGGGAUCUAUGGAGCCAUUCCGUAGUGCCAUCCAGAGCAACGCACUGCCGCAGCUCCUCUGAGCAUUUCCAGCAAGUUUGUUCAAGAUUGGCUGUCAAGAAUCAUGGACUGUUAUUAUAUGCCUUGUUUUCUGUCAAGACACCAUGAUUCCUGGUAACCGAAUGCUGAUGGUCGUUUUAUUAUGCCAAGUCCUGCUAGGAGGCGCGAGCCAUGCUAGUUUGAUACCUGAGACGGGGAAGAAAAAAGUCGCCGAGAUUCAGGGCCACGCGGGAGGACGCCGCUCAGGGCAGAGUCAUGAGCUCCUUCGGGACUUCGAGGCCACACUUCUGCAGAUGUUCGGGCUGCGCCGCCGCCCGCAGCCUAGCAAGAGCACGGUCGUCCCGGAUUACAUGCGGGAUCUUUACCGGCUUCAGUCUGGGGAGGAGGAGGGGGAGCAGAUCCACAGCAUUGGUCUGGAGUAUCCCGAGCGCCCCGCCAGUCGCGCCAACACCGUGAGGAGCUUCCACCACGAAGAACAUCUGGAGAACAUCCCAGGGACCAGCGAAAACUCUGCUUUUCGUUUCCUCUUUAACCUCAGCAGCAUCCCAGAGAACGAGGUGAUCUCGUCUGCAGAGCUUCGACUCUUCCGGGAGCAGGUGGACCAGGGCCCUGACUGGGAGCAGGGCUUUCAUCGUAUAAACAUUUAUGAGGUUAUGAAGCCCCCGGCAGAAGUGGUGCCCGGGCACCUCAUCACACGACUACUGGACACGAGACUGGUCCACCACAAUGUGACACGGUGGGAAACUUUUGAUGUGAGCCCUGCAGUCCUUCGCUGGACCCGGGAGAAGCAGCCCAAUUAUGGGCUGGCCAUUGAGGUGACCCACCUCCAUCAGACACGGACCCGCCAGGGCCAGCAUGUCAGGAUUAGCCGAUCGUUACCUCAAGGGAGUGGGGAUUGGGCCCAGCUCCGGCCUCUGCUGGUCACCUUUGGCCAUGAUGGCCGGGGACAUGCCUUGACCCGACGCCGGAGGGCCAAGCGUAGCCCCAAGCAUCACCCACAGAGGGCCCGGAAGAAGAAUAAGAACUGCCGGCGCCACUCGCUCUAUGUGGACUUCAGCGAUGUGGGCUGGAAUGACUGGAUUGUGGCCCCACCAGGCUACCAGGCCUUCUACUGCCAUGGAGACUGCCCCUUUCCACUGGCCGACCACCUCAACUCAACCAACCAUGCCAUUGUGCAGACCUUGGUCAACUCUGUCAAUUCCAGUAUCCCCAAAGCCUGUUGUGUUCCCACCGAACUGAGCGCCAUCUCCAUGCUGUACUUGGAUGAGUAUGACAAGGUGGUACUGAAAAAUUAUCAGGAGAUGGUAGUAGAGGGCUGUGGGUGCCGCUGAGAUCAGGCCUUCCUUGGGGACACACACACACACACACACACACACACACACACACACACACGUUCCAUCCACUACUCACCCACACACUACACAGACUGCUUCCUUAUAGCUGGACUUUUAUCUUAAAAAAAAAAAAAAAAGAAAGGAAAAAAAAUCUAAACAUUCACCUUGACCUUAUUUAUGACUUUAUGUGCAAAUGUUUUGACCAUAUUGAUCAUAUAUUUUGACAAAAUAUAUUUAUAACUACGUAUUAAAAGAAAAAAUAAAAUGAGUCAUUAUUUUAAAGGUAAA